CCGGCUUCCUCGCACUCGCCGUGUCAGGAACGCCAGUGAAAACACUGGAUGCAUAGGGACGGGAUGGAGGAAGGACAAAGGGAGGGGGGUCACGUAGGAAGCGCCCAAGUUAGUCCGUGGAAUGCCACGCGGCGCGGCAGUACUCGGCCCCUAGAGAGCACCUGCGCGUCGCGCGCGUGUGUACGGCUUGGUCGCGGUGUGCUCAACGCUGGGGUUAUGCUCACUUCGCCGCGGCGCGCGUCGUUGCCGUGUCCGAAAGCGUUGUCACGAAAAGUUUUUAGGAUUGUCAUUAAGGGCGGUCUGGCCCGUAAAUGUCACCUGUCCCAUAAUUGCCCAUUGAGUUUCCAGGCGGAACACCAACGGGGCAGCGGCUCUACCGGAUGCUAAAAUGAUCGGUAGCGAUUGAAAAUAUGCUCACUAGUGCUCAAGACGGAGUAGAUUCUCCCUAUGUAGUUUUUAUCGGUCAACUCAUCCUACAGCAGGCGGUAGCGCCCGCCGAGUGUACCCUUCUUCCAUUUCCAUUUUCGUCGCGUGGAGCCUGCCGCGGGCAUCUCGAUUACGGCCAAGAAAAGGUAAAUCUGAAUGCACCGAUUCUCUAAUUGACAC